AGUCUAUUUGUUACAGUUAAGCUUGACUGGUCACAGUUGAGCCUAGCUGAUCGCAGUCGAAGUGAACCAUAGGACACAACGGCAUCGUAGUUUUGUGUGAGGAUACGAUGGAGGCACCAUGCAGUAAUUUGCUGCAUAUUCAGGAUUCGGUUACGCAUGACCCAGUGCAUGCGCAUCCGCUCUUGCAGGACAUGGACAGCUAUAGGAAGAUGUAUAACGAAAGCAUCAAGGAUGGAAACGCUUUCUGGAAGAGGAUGGCAGAGGAGUUGUUGACGUGGUUUCGUCCGUUUGAAAGAGUUUGCAACGUGGACCUGUCCGAUGAGGAUUGCGCGAUACCGGAGGAUGGCUGCGUGUCUUGGUUUGAGGGAGGUAGGUUGAACGCUUGCUACAACGCGGUGGACCGUCACGUGAUAAAUGGAAGGGGGAAGAAGGUGGCGUUGCUGCAUGAAGCUAACGAGGUCGGCGUAUGCAGAAAGGUGACGUUCGAGACGUUGUUGAAGUGUGUGUCUCAGGUGGCGAAUGCGUUAUUGUCGAUGAGCGUGAGGAAGGGUGAGGUGGUGACGAUUUACAUGCCGAUGAUACCGGAGACCGUGUAUUGCAUGUUGGGGUGUGCGAGAAUAGGUGCGGUGGCGAAUUUGGUCUUUUCUGGGUUUUCCAGUUCGGCGUUGGCGACGAGGUUGCAGAGCACUAGGUCUAGAGUGCUGUUGACGGCGGAUCGACUGAAUCGGGGAAACCGCUUAGUCGAGUUGAUGCCGGUGGUGAAGGACGCGCUGUUAGUUUGUCCGCACGUCGAGUACUGCGUGGUGUAUCAAAAUUCGGACCAGUCGGUGCCUAGAGACGGGCUAGAGAUAGCGGACCAGUUGACGUGCCAGUCUCAUUCUUCUGCGUUGUCCGAUCUGAGCAACAGCAUGGCUGGGAUCGUGCAGAACUUCCACCACCUGAUCUUUUAUGACUUCACAGAGUGGAUGGGGAAGGAGAGGAUGUAUUGUCCGUGCGAGUGGAUGGACAGCGAGGACCCUCUGUUCGUGCUUUACACGUCCGGAUCAACCGGGAAGCCGAAGGGGAUGAUUCACACAACUGGGGGGUACCUCGUCUAUGCGUCGCUCACGCACAAAUACCUCUUUAAAGUCAGAGAGGACGAUGUGUACGCGUGUAUGACGGAUUUGGGAUGGAUCACUGGACACACCUACGUGGUGUGGGGUCCGUUGCUCAACGGGACGACGACGUGCAUGUUUGAGUCGACGCCUCUCUACCCGAAUCCGUGUAGGUACUGGGAUUUUGUGCAGAGGUACAAGGUCAACAUUUUCUAUACGGCACCGACGGCGAUUCGCGCGCUGAUGAAGUACGGAGAAAGUGAGGUUUCGAAGUACGAUUUGUCGACGCUCAGGGUGCUGGGAACGGUGGGCGAGCCAAUCAGUCCUUCUGCGUGGGAGUGGUAUUACAGAGUGGUGGGGAAGGGGAAGUGCUCUAUUGUUGACAGCUAUUGGAUGACCGAAAGUGGUGGCAUCCUGCUGGCUCCGAUUCCUGGCGUCACGCCGAUGAAGCCCGGAUCUUGUUGUCUUCCGUUCUUUGGUAUCAAGCCCGCUUUGAUCGAUCCAAACACUGGCGAUGAGUUGACUUCUAAGGGCAUUAAGGGCGUCAUGUGCGUUUCAAAGCCUUGGCCGUCUAUGGCUCGGGGCAUGCACGGAGACUACAAGCGCUUCGUCUGUACGUACUUUGAGCCUUACCGCCGUCACUUUUUCACCGGAGACGGCGCCUAUCUCGACAAGGACGGAUACUUUUGGAUCACGGGGCGGCUGGAUGACGUCAUCAACGUCAGCGGACACCGUCUGAGCACCGCGGAGAUCGAGGCGUCUCUCGCUUCUCACGGUACCUGUACCGACGUCGCGGUGAUUGGCAUACCUCAUGACAUCAAGGGGCAGUCUAUAUGCGCCUUUUGUGUGCCGAAGAGGGGCUACGAGUUUCAGGAGAAUCUUACGUUCGAGCUUUGUCAGCACGUUCGUCGCACGAUCGCGUCUAUGGCAAUGCCCGACAAGCUUUACCUCGUGCCCGCGCUACCCAAGACUCGAAGUGGCAAGGUCAUGAGGCGCCUCUUGAGGAAGAUUGCCGCGUUCGAAUUCGAUUCGCUGGGCGACAUUUCCACUUUGGCCGAGGCCGAAGUCAUUGAUCAAAUCAUUUCCGUCGUACGUCGACAAGGGGGACACAAAUAAUAAAGUGUUUUAUUGAAUCUGUUACUGCUCCUUGAUGCGCGCGUUAUUCUUGUCCCCUGAUGUA